GGGCGCGCGCAGCCCCACUUCCGGCGUGCGAGGCGGUGACAAUGGGAGCGGCGCGGGCGGCGCCGGGAGGCAGCUGACAGGCGUCUGCGGCUCCGCUUCAUGGCUGCUCUCCCUCUCUGCCUUCGCUGUGUGAGGACCGGGGCAGCCAGCAGCGGUGCGCAGCCCGGGCCGGAGGCGGUAGGCCGAGCUGGGACUGGUGAGCGGCGCCGCUGAGGCGCAGCAUGUGAAGCGGAGACGGCCUCGAGCGCGGGGCGAGCCUCUCAGCCGGCCGGCAUGGCCACGACGGCCGAGCUCUUCGAGGAGCCUUUUGUGGCCGAUGAAUACAUUGAACGUCUCGUGUGGAGAACCCCAGGAGGUGGUUCUAGGGGUGGACCUGAAGCUUUUGAUCCUAAAAGGUUAUUAGAAGAAUUUGUGAAUCAUAUUCAAGAACUGCAGAUAAUGGAUGAAAGGAUUCAAAGGAAAGUGGAGAAAUUAGAACAACAGUGUCAGAAGGAAGCUAAGGAGUUUGCUAAGAAGGUACAGGAGCUCCAGAAAAGCAACCAGGUUGCUUUCCAACAUUUCCAAGAGCUAGAUGAGCACAUUAGCUAUGUAGCUACCAAAGUGUGUCACCUUGGAGACCAGUUGGAAGGGGUAAACACACCUAGGCAACGUGCAGUGGAGGCACAGAAAUUGAUGAAAUACUUUAAUGAGUUUCUAGAUGGAGAAUUGAAAUCUGAUGUUUUUACAAAUUCUGAAAAGAUAAAGGAAGCAGCAGACGUCAUUCAAAAACUGCAUCUGAUUGCCCAGGAGUUACCUUUCGAUAGGUUUUCAGAAGUAAAAUCAAAAAUUGCAAGUAAAUACCAUGACUUAGAAUGCCAGCUGAUUCAGGAGUUUACAAGUGCCCAAAGAAGAGGGGAGGUCUCCCGGAUGAGGGAGGUGGCUGCAGUCCUCCUUCAUUUUAAGGGUUAUUCCCAUUGUAUUGAUGUUUAUAUAAAGCAGUGCCAGGAGGGUGCUUACUUGAGAAAUGACAUAUUUGAAGAUGCAGCAAUACUCUGUCAGCGAGUGAACAAGCAGGUUGGAGACAUCUUUAGUAAUCCAGAAGCAGUGCUGGCUAAGCUUAUUCAGAGUGUGUUUGAAAUCAAACUACAGAGUUUUGUGAAGGAUCAGUUAGAAGAAUGUAGGAAAUCUGAUGCUGAGCAGUAUCUUAAAAGUCUCUAUGAUCUGUAUACAAGAACCACCGGUCUUUCCAGCAAAUUGAUGGAGUUUAACUUAGGUACUGAUAAACAGACUUUCUUGUCUAAGCUUAUCAAAUCCAUUUUCAUUUCCUAUCUGGAGAACUAUAUUGAAGUGGAGAUUGGAUAUUUGAAAAGCAGAAGUGCUAUGAUCCUACAGCGCUAUUAUGAUUCAAAAAACCACCAAAAGAGAUCCAUUGGCACAGGAGGUAUUCAAGAUUUGAAAGAAAGGAUUAGACAACGUACCAACUUACCACUGGGGCCAAGUAUUGAUACACAUGGGGAAACUUUCCUAUCUCAAGAAGUGGUAGUUAAUCUUUUACAAGAAACCAAACAAGCCUUUGAAAGAUGUCAUAGGGGUCUUACUCUGUAGCCCUGGUUGGCCUGGGAUUCACUAUGUCACUAUGUUGACCAAGCUGGCCUGGAAUCGACAAAGAGCCUCUGCUUCCAGAGUGUUGGGAUUAACACUGUUCAUGAUCAUACCUAGCUCUUAGUCUAUUUGUUUUAGUUGUUCGUCUAUUUAUUUUGAGAUUAUAAUGUAAUUACAUUAUUCUCCAUCACCCUUCUUUAUUCUUUUAAAUUUAUAGCCUCUUUUUAUUAAUUAUUGUUAUAUUCUUAAAUUCAUGAAUACAACCUUCUCAAUCUGUAUAAUGUUACUUGUAUGUAUGUUUUCAUAACCAAGUUGACAUGCUAUUCCCUGGGGAAAGUUGUUUCUCCUGUCCUCAGCAUUCCUUAGUUGCCUGUAGUCCUUUGUGGAGGGCUGAAGCCUCCAGUUCUCCCCAACCCCAUGUUAGCAUAGCUUUUGUUGUCCUUGUUCAGCUCAUGUGUUGUUGGUGGGCUUAUGAAUGUAGCUUCUGACAUUUCUAGGAGACAUACUCUCAAAGCAAACUUGAAAUCUGAAAAUCAAAAGUAGUAAUAACUAAAUGUGAAAUGGUACAUUUUUAAAAGUCCAUGUUCCUCUUGCUCUUGUAAUCUUUUUCUCCUCUUCCAUAACCAUCCCUGAGCCUAAGGUGAAGUAAUUGUGUGGUAGCUGUAUUUGCUGAGACUUAAGUCUGCUUUUAAAAACAUAGUUAUUUGUCUCUGUAAACUUCUUGCCAGAACUGCUUCAUCAACAAGAUACUGGUUAUUUCCAUUAUUGUGUAUAUCAAGAAAAAAUUCCUUCUUUAUUGAUUUUUGCUGAUGUAGUUGUUUAAUUUCCAUGCAUUUAUAUAAUUUCCAAAGAUUUUUCUUGUUAUUAAUUUAUUUUAUUUAGGAAAAUACUCAACUUUUAAGAAUUUAUUCAAAUUUGUUUUAUGUCUCCUAUCAUCUAUAAUGAAAAAUGUUCCAUGUGCUGUUGAGAAUAUAUAUGCCCCUCUAAGGGACCUUAUUGUAUUGGAACAUAUCUUUCCCUUUAAACUUGUUAGUGUUUGCAUAUUUGAUUGUUCUAAUAUUAGGUAAUUUUAGUUGUUAGUUCCUUUUGUUGAAUUAGUUCUAUCAUUAUAUAAUGUCUUAUCCUUGUCACUUUUUAGCUUUUAUUAGAUUUAAAUAAUUCCUGCUUUUCAUUUGGAUUUCAAUUCUAUAAUAUCCUUUCCUUUUCUUUCUAUAAUAUACAAUUGUCUUUAGAGGUGAAAUGGGUCUUUUGUUUAUAUAAGUAGUAUAUAGUUGAGUCCUUGAUUCCACUCAGCCAUGCAGAGAAUUUAGUCCAUUUACAUUUAGUAUAAUCAUUGAUUGGUAAGAUUUUACUACUGCCAAUUUUUUUGCUUGUUUGUUAUUUUUGUUUUGUUUUCUUUGCUUUUUUAUUUUUUAGUUUCUUUCUCCCUUUUACAGUUUUUCUUUGUAAUUAAAUGAUUUUUAUCUACUAGUGUAUAUUAAUAGAUCUAUAUUUUAUAGUUAUGACGUUACUCAAACAACUUUCAAUUAUAACAAGCUGUUUUAAACAACAAUUUAACUACUAUAGGAUAGGAGCAAAAAAAGAAAGAAUAAUAAAAACUUUUCUACAGCAUUCCAAUUCUCUCUACAUUUUCAAUUUUUUAAUGUCCCACUUCACUUUUAGUGUAGUUAUUACUCUUGUGUUUUAGAUUUUAUGAAAGUGUUAUACUUUUUUUUUAUGUACUAAAGCUUUCUGGAAUUUAUUUGUAGUGUCAAUUCUUCUCAGGGAGUUUAGUAUCUUUAGAUGUUUUCAUCUUGUUAGCAUCUCAUUUUUUUAGUUUGGCGAACUCCGUUUAAACAUAUGUUUUGGGGUUGUUUUUUGUUUUGUUUGUAAGAGAAAUGCGAAAGUGAUAAAUAUUCUCGGCAUUUGUCUGAAAAUGUCUUACCUCUCUAUUUCUAAAAGCUAGUUUUGCUGAGUUGGCAUUCCUGGUUGGCAGGUUUUGGUUGUUGGGCUGCUUUUGUGUUCUUGUUUUUCCCUUCAAUGUGUGGGUAUCAAGUUUCUGCCACUCUGCAAUUGAAUGACAGAAUAGAGUUUUAGGUUGCUUUGUUUAUUUGUUUUUAAAAGACUCAGAUACAUAGUACUGGAAGGGAACCGAAGAAGCCACAUUUUGCCUCUAAAGACAGAUGUAUACUCUCAAUCUCGUUAUCUGCUGUUCCCUUUUUUUGUUUUUUGUUUGUUUGUUUUGCUUUGCUUUUAGAACCUUUUCUUUAACCUUUGACAUUUGGUUAUGGCUCUUUGUAGUAUAAAUUCUCUAUUCUUUUUUUUUUCUUUUGAGACAGGGUUUCUCUGUGUAGCCCUGGCUGUCCUGGAACUCACUCUGUAGACCAGGCUGGCUUCGAACUCAGAAAUCCGCCUGCCUCUGCCUCCCGAGUGCUGGGAUUAAAGGCCUGUGCCACCUCUUACUUUCCUAUCCUUGCAUCCCUAUAGCCCAAGUAUUAACUCUUUUAAUGCUUUCCUACAGGUCUGUAUGCUUUAGAUAUUCUGAUUACUUUUUUCUUCUCCCUACCUGUUUUGGGGGGAGGGGUGGCUGAUUCUUCAGCUUCUUUCUGCUAUUUAUAUUUCGAUUACUUUUUCAUUCUAUUUACUAUUCUUUUAAUUUCAGGAUUUCUUUUUGGUUUUUUUUUUUUUUUAAUUAUUGCAACUUUCUUUGGCAAAUUGCAGAAUUAUUUGCAUAUGUUUUCUUGUGGUUUCUAGAAUAUCUUUAAAACAUCUCCUUUGAGUUUUCUGUGGUUCUGGUGCCUUGCUUUUGGUCCUUAUUGGGUUCUUGGGAACUCAGGAUGCUUGGUGACCUACAGCAGUGUCUGCAUGCUGAAAGAUUAGGUGUUAAUUGCCAGCGUAGUAAUUUGCCUUUGUCUAUGUAUAUUCAUUCUUCCAGAAUAAUCUGUUUAUUAUUUUCACUAAGACCGUUGUCACUGUCCCUGUUUUAACACUAGAUGGCACCCUAAAUAGAGAUUUUUUUUUUAACCAACUCUCUGGUUCCCUAGCUGUCAUUUCAACAGUAGAGAGUGCCUCAAAGCCCCAGUCUGUCAUAAAUCCAUAAUCAUCCUUUAAAGCUGACAUUGCAGGAUAGCAGGAAAGACCUAGACAUUAGGAGCUCCUUAGAAAGGUAGGUCAUGCUGUUUAUGCAUCUUUCUCCUGAGCCAGGGUGGGCGUAUUAGUGAUCCAAAAGCUGUUUCCACAGUUACUGGUCUGUGUUCAGCACUGCAGGGUUCUUUCUUAGCACUCCACAGCCUUGCUCUGGGAGGCCUGGUCCAUAGUUCCAAAGUAAAAACUUGCAUUCAUCACUUUCUUCUUUCUCCAAAUGAAGUUAUCUAUGUUUGAUGUCACAUCAAUCACAAUACUUGAUCUUACUCAAAGUUCAUAGUCUAUCAAAAUGAGUAUAGCACAGGGAUAAGACAAAGGCUUACACUGUUAUGGUCUGCCCAGUGCUGUGGUCUGUUUGUAGCCUCUGACCUCUAAAGAUCUGGAGGUGCUUUUGUCUGGCCCACUCAGACUGUCAUUUCCGCCUUGUACACACGGGUAUAAAGGCUCCAACUGUGGGCACUGGGCUCAAGAGAAGGCCUAUUGGGUUGUGUCUGAUAUUAACUCUUACCAUAAUAGGCCUGACAUUCAGUUCCAAGGAAAACUUGUAUGCUUAAUUUCCUUUCCUCCUUUUAGCAAAUAAAAUCUUGGUACACAUUGUUCAGGUCUAUAGUAGCAUGAUAAAAAACUCUUGGUUGCCAUUACUGAACCUAAGCUGACCUGUACCUGAGACUUGUGGCUGAAGGACCUGACAUUCAUUAUCUUAGACAUUUAUUCAAGGACUAAGCUGCAGUUGGUAGUGGUGUGGGCCUGAGCUCAGGUCUGUGUUGUAGGUUUCUGCUUAGCCAGUCCAGAGUCCAUCCAUAGAGACUGGCUUUGGGCCAGCGCUGAGGCUCUGCUUGGUACUGUACUUUAUAGCGCGUUCUGCUAACUAAUCUAACCACUUGAAAUGUUGCACAUUAACUUAUCUAAUCAUCAUAAAGACCUGGUGAUGAUUCUUACAGUUUUCCGGUGGACCACUAUAGCUCUUACAUACUAGAAUCAAGUAUUUAAUUCCUCCAUAAACUGAGGGAAAUGUAGUUUAUUUAUAUGCAUAUAUUAUUUCUACAUUUUGAAUGCCAAUCCAUUAAUAUAAACAUUAGUAGAAAUUUUCAAAGAAUAUAUACUGACUCUGCAUGUUUCCAUCAGUUGCUGGGUGAAGAAGACUCCUGUCUGCAAGUCUAGCAGAAUAUCUUGAAUAGUGUUAGGAGUGGGCUCCCUCUGAUGUGAUGGGUCUCAUCUUGUAUUUUAUUGGUUUCUAGGAGAGAAAAGUUUGGUUUUGAUUGGAAUAAUAGUGAAUCUAUAAUUCUAUUUGGGAAGAACUGAUACAUAUUUUUUAUUGUAAAAUAAAAGAUGACUUUUAUUUUGUUCUUGUGUCCUGUUGCUCUGGCCAGGCUUCUAGUAUAGUGUGAAAUAGAAGUGCAGAGAACAAACACUCAUCUUUAUACCUUUCCUUCAGGGUACAGCAUGUAGUCUUUGAUCUCUAAGUAUGAUGCUGACUAUAGGCUUUUUAUAAAUAAUGCCUUUUAGUUUCAGCAAAGUCUUUUAUACUAGUUUAUUUAAGUGUAGUGUUAAGUUAGAUAUUAUUUGAUCCUAGUACUUGGAAAGUGAGAUCUUGAGUAUAGCUCUCCCACAUAUGCAAAGUUGGAUUGAAACCAGCUUUGGCCACAGGAGAUGCGUAUCACACAGUAAGCAAAGCAACAAAAUAAAACAAAGGAUUGCGUGUUACAGUUUGGUAUAUGCUUUCUCUUUAUUCUUUUGGGAGAAUUGUGCUAACUGAUAUUUCAGAUGUUAAGGGUUGCUAAAUUUAAAAGACAAAACAAAACUUUUUAAAAAACUGCAUUUAUUUAUAAUUUGUGGGCAUGCAUUUUGGAGGUCAGAGGAAAACUUAAGGAAGUUGGUUCUCUCUAUCUUCAAAGUAGGUCCAAGGAGUUAAAUAUGUUUUAUCAGACUUGGCAGUGAGCUUGUUCAGCUCUGAGCAAUCUUGGCUGGCCCUUGUAUGCUAAAUUUUGUUACAAGAUUUUGCAAAAGUGUCUAUGAAUACUGUUUGCCUUUGAUGUCUUUGUCAUGUUGUAGUAAUGAAAAUAAUGCUAUACCCAUAGGAUGAUAAGCCGAGUACUUCUGUUUCCCCUUUCAGUUGUUUGUGAGUAUAGACGAUGGCCCUUCUGUAUUAAAUGUUUGCUGUAACUCACCAGGAAAGUGAUUUGAGCUUGUGGUUUUCUUUGUAAGGAUUUUAAACUAAAAUUUCAGCUUAUUUAUUAUAUACAGAAACAUUCAGGUAAUCUAAUUGUAAGUGAGCUUUGGCAGUUUUGUCUGUCUAUCUGUCUGUCUGUCUAUCUGUUAUCUGUCUUUCAGACAGGGUCUCACAAUGUAGACCAGGCUGACCUCAACUUCCCGAGAUGCAUCCACCUUCCUGUGCCUCCUAAGUGCUGGUAUUAAAGGUGUACAAAACUCUGACCACCUAGUGUAUAUCUUUUAAAGACUUUUAUAUUUUUACAGAAGUUGCACUUAUUUGAAUAAAGUUAUGACACUUUCUUACAUUACUGUCUUACCAGUUUUUGUGGAAGCUAUAGUAAUAAUUAGCUAUUUUAUUCCCAAUAUCAGAAAUUUGUUUCACAGAUUUUUUCCUGAACAAAUGAAAAAAGAUUUAUUUAUUUUAUAAAUGUGUACACUAUUGUUAUAUGUGAGUACACUGUCACUGUCUUCAGACACACCAGAACAGGGCAUUGGACCCCAUUACAGAUGGUUGUGAGCCACCAUGUGGUUGCCGGAAAUUGAACUCAGGACCUCCAGGAAGAACAGUCAGUGCUCUUAACCACUGAAUCUUCUCUCCAGCCCACAAGGUGUAUUGAUUUUACUGAUUUUACCGAGAACCAUUUUUUUGUUUCAUUAGUCUCUCCACCCCUUGGGUUUCCCUGAUUUUUGUUCUUUAUUGUUACCUUCCUUCAACUUGCUUAGGUGUUAUUUGUCCCUUUCCUGGUUGUUUUUGUCUUGGUUUGGUCUUUCGGUAAAAGCAGAGUGUGCUGAUCUUUUCCAGUGUGUGCAUUUAACUACAUUUCUCUCUUAAGUACUGUGUUAGUUGAAAACUGAGUUGUUUAAUAUGUUUUAAUUCAUUUCAAAAUAUUCUUUAAUUUCUCUUUGAUUUUUUUUUUCUGGCCCUAAUAUGAUAAAGAAAUUGUGUUAUUUGGUUGCCAAACAUUUGGAGACAUACUAGAUGCCUUUCUGUUAAUGAUUUUGGAUUUUAUUCCAUUGUAGUCAGUGGGAAAACUUUGCAUCAUAAUGCCAAUCCCUUUUAAAUUUAUUGAGAUGAUUUAUAUUAUAAGAUACAGCCUGAUUAAGGUUGUCUAUACACGAGAGAAUUGUAUAUUCACAUUCUGUAAAUGUCAGGCCUUAUUCUUUGAUGUCUUCUAUACUUUUUUUAAAAUCAGUUUUCUGUUUAUCUCUUCUAUAUGUUAUGCAUGGAUUUGGGGAUAUAAGGAGGAGAAAGGUGAAAACUUAGGCUUGGUUUUUAUGAUUUAUGAUGAAGGUAACGGUAUCUGUUGAACAUCAAAAACAAACAAACAAACAAAAAGAAUAGAGAGAUUGGUAAGAAUUAAUGGUCAGAGUAGUAUUUAAGAAAUCCUUACAAGUGGGAAUGUAUAAUCACUGGGGUUUUAAAAUGGUAUAUGAAAUUCUUCAUAAAUGUACUUUAAACAUCAGGCUUAUAUUGUUACAUUAGAAUUUAGUGUCCUUAAUUUGAAACUUCAGAAUCUUCAUGCUCCAAAAUAAAAAAUUUUUGACCACUAGUACAAUGGGACAUUGGAAAGUUCUACUCAUGGCCUUAAAGUUUAGUAAAAAAUACUAUAUUAAGUUGUCCUUAUGCUAUUUGUAUAAGGUGUUCAUAAAACAUAAAUAAACUUUAUUAUUAAACUUGACCUCAUUAUAAAUUUGUAAAUAUUUCAAAAUCCAAGAAGUCCAAUAGUAUUACCUUGAAAGUUGGGGUAAUGCUUUAAGUAGUUUUGGCAGAGACAGAAAGUAGUUCAUAAAUUAUAUAGAACACAGUUAAUACUUUUUAAGAAGAGUUCAUUUUUCUCAGCAUAACUGCUAACAUUUCUUUAAAUAGUCUAAUGGUAGCAACACCAAAGUAAAAAGCGAGAGCUUAGUGUAAAUCAAGUUUGCAAUUUUCCUAUUUUAUUUCAGCCUUAAGAUUAAGGAGAAAUGCUGUUAAUGUUAGUUUAUCUUAUAUGAGGAUAUUACGACUUGGUGAAAUUGAAUAACCUUCUAAAGACUUACUCCACCAGGAUAUGAUGAGUUAAAUUUGAUUUUGUUGUAUUUUUAUUACUAUGUAUAUUAAUUGACUUCAUAGCCUAAUUCCACAAGUAUCUUUUGUUUUGUUUUGUUUUGUUUUGUUUUGUUUUGUUUUGAGUUUUACUAGAACAGCCUAAGUUAGUUAGAGGUCCUCAAAUUUCUUUGACUGUGAUCCUGGCAAUUCAAAAUGCAUCCCACAU